AUGUCGUGCUGCAAGUGCAGAGACCGGGAGGACGCGGCACGGGGGAGCAUCCUCUACAGCAUCCUGAACAGAGGCGCUCAGUGCCCGCAGGGACACCUGGAGACGGCCGCUGCGCAACAGCUUUGCACCUGCGCGUCCAAGAGAAAACUGGUGGCGAUUCGGGCUCCGCGGCUCAUUUUCAAAGCAGCCUCGCAGGUGCUUGUGAAAACUUUCCGGUUCGUGAAAAAGGUACCGUGUUUUCGGGGUUUGCCGGCGGAAGACCAGCUCCGGCUUGUGCGCAACAGCUGGGCGCCGCUGCUGGUUUUGGGCAUGGUGCAGGACGCCGUGGACUUCGACACGGUGGAGACGCAGCAGCCGAGUCUGCUGCACAUGAUUUUAACGCACAGCCGAGCGGCACCGGCCGACGUCCGAGACCCAGGGGUUCCCGUCGGGGAUGCAGAGGGGAUCAAGAUGUGUCUGGUCAGGUGUAGAGGUCUGAGGAUCAGCGUCAAAGAAUACGCGUUUCUGAAAGGAGCGAUUCUGUUCACCCCGGUGGUGACGGAGUUAGAGUGUCGGGAGUACAUCCAGGCGCUCCAGAGGGAGGCUGAGCGCGCGCUUUACGAGCACGUGAGGACGGUGCACCGGGGUAAAGCGGGCCGGCUCGCCAGACUGCGCGGCGUCCUGAACGCGCUGCGCUCCGUGGACCCGGACGCGGUGGCGGGGCUCUUCUUCAGACCCGUGAUGGGCACGAGCAGCGUAGACGAACUCGUGCUCGCGAUGUUUUAUGAGAGGUAGAAUCGUGAAGAACGAAAGACUUUUAGGGCUGAAAUCAUGUAUUUACACAUCUGUCUAGAUUUUGAAUUUCCUGUCAGCUUUUAUUGAUCAAAGCAUCACCUGCACAUUAUGAAUUCUCCAGGAUGAAAACUGCUGCACAUCAUGCCUUUUC